GAGGGCAGUAAUGGUCAUGGAACAUCGUUGCCAGACGUCAAUCAAACCAAAAGAGGACGUUCAAGACGCCAUCACGCUGCAUAAUUCCAGUCUUUACUCCACAAAAAGUGUCAACUAAAGCGUUAGGUUUAACUGACGAUGGAUCUGCUGUGCUGGGGCAAUGGAGGGCUGGGCCAGAGCGGGCAUGGCAGACCAGGUGACAUCACCCCUGAGGACUCCCACCUCGCAGAGUUCACAGAAGGAGGGCUGGGCAGGGUGAAGAUGAUGGCAUGUGGGUCUACCCACUCCGUGGUGGUCACAGUGGCUAACAAGAUCUUUGCGUGGGGAAAUGGCACCAGCGGACAGUUGGGUGAUGGAGAAAGGGCAGUAAAGAACCAGCCAGUGGAAAUCACAUUACCACUGGAAGAGAAUCGUAAAGGAUGGGACGACAAUGUUCAGCAGAUGAAAAUAGCUGGUGUUGCCUGUGGAAGCAGACACUCCUUCGUAUGGACUAAAACUGGGCUGGCCUAUGGUUUUGGAAACAAUUAUUACGCUCAGCUGGACUAUGAUUUCCAGAGGGCUGAUUUCAAGGAACACCAGCUGACACCACGUUUGUUCCGGAGUCUACCAUCAUCUUUGAAGAUCUCUCAAGUGGCCUGUGGAGAGCGACACACACUGUUUGCACUGCAGGACGGAAGAGUCGCGGCAUGUGGGCCAUGGCCAUGUUUGCACCCGAGACCAGUUGCUGGCUCUCUGCCACACCGGAGUCUGUCUGGAGAGACCGGAAUAGAUACGGAGGAAGAGACGAGGCUGCGGAGCUCGCAUUGAGCGUUGAGAUGGACGAGCUCCACUGAGGCCUGGCUGAAUGAGCAUAUAUCGGACACUUCGACCUCCCUGGACAUUGGCCAAGAGCUAGUGGGCAGCCUAGGACGAAGUCGACACUCUUGGUUGCUUUGUUGGGUCUGGUUUGUGUGCAAUAUAUAUUAGUUAUUGCUGAAAUGGCAGUGCUGUGGUUUUUAAUGUAUUGUAUGUACUUCAAGUUCUUUAAUGUUUAUUUCUUGUUUUCAUGUGUUUUUACCUUAUUUUUUUGUGGACUUUUUGUAUCUGUACCUCAACCACAUACUUCCCACAUGAUGAAUUAAGUGUAUCCUAGUGUAUCAUAUUCUAUGUAACGUCUUGGAAUUGCAACUGCAUGCACAGUUGAUUAUAUAAUACGUGCAAAUGAGACACAGACGUAUAAGCAAACAACUGAAUAGCAGAGCUCAGUGUUAAAUUAUUAUUAUUAUUAUUAUUUUACACUCAUAAAAGCAUCAACAAUGGGUACGGUAGAGUACCAGUAUAAGUCCCCAGGUACUAAAUAUUGGUAUCGUAUUAGUUAAAAUGUGAAAGUACCUAUCCCUAUCUCUGAGAUGUUUAUAUAAUUCGGAUUAGCUU